AUGGCUGCAAGGAGACCAGGGAAUUAUAGACCAAGAAUUUGGGAAGACGAUUUUGUGCAAUCACAAACUAGUGUUUAUAUGGGAGAAGAAUACUCAAAGCAAGCAGCAAAGCUCAAAGAAAGUGUGAGGAUGAUGCUUAAUGAAAAAGAUAUGAGACUAUUAGAUCAACUCGAUCUUGUUGCUACUUUACAAAGACUUGGCAUUCACUAUCACUUUGAGGUUGAGAUAAAGAGAAUUUUAGAGAUUACUUACCUCAAUAAUUUUAAUAAUUGUCAAGAUUUGAAUGCCAUAGCACUACAAUUUCGACUCCUCAGAAAAGAAGGUUAUCAAGUUCCUCAAGCAUUUCGAGUGACUCCUCAACCUAGAGUUCCACAUGAAGAAGCUGGGAUCGCGUUAGCCGUCAAAUCUUCUACUCAUACUUUUUUCUUCUUUAUUGUAGAGGUAUUUAAUACACUUAUGGAUGAGGAAGGAAAGUUCAAGAAAAUCCUUUGCAUGGACAUAAAGGGGAAUAUUCUAGUUAAACAAGUGAGCCAUGCCUUGGAAAUGCCACUGCAUUGGAGGAUGCAGAGACUAGAGACAAGAUGGUUCAUAGAUAAUGUACAUGAAGAAACAGAGUGUUUUAACCCCAUCCUGCUUGAGCUCGCUAAGUUGGAUUUCAACAUGGUCCAAGCUUUGUAUUUGGAUGAAUUGAAACAUCUUUCAAGGUGGCACAAAAAUAUAAAUCUCGCAGAGAUGAUGGGGUUUACAAGGGAUAGUUUGGUGAAAUGUUUUUUAUGGAGUGUGGGAUUCUCUUUUGAACCAAAGUUUUGGUACUGUCGAAAAUUGUCAACAAAACUUGCUGAAUUAAUUACAACCAUUGAUGACAUGUAUAAGCAUCAUGGUACCUUGGAAGAACUUGCCAUAUUCACUGACAUGGUUGACAGAUGGGAUAUCAAUGCAAUGGAGCAGCUACCAAGCAGCAUCAAGAUGUGUUUUUUAGCUCUUUUUAAUUCUAUCAACGAGUUGGCCUAUGACAUUCUAAAAGAACAAAAUAUUAAUAUCCUCCCUUACUUUAGAAAAUCGUGGAUAGACUUUGUAAAACUUAUUUGGUGGAUGCAAAUUUUUGGACCAUGCUUGGGUUUUAAUUUCUGGUCCUUGUUUAAUAAAGCAUGCCUACAUUUGUACCAUGGAUCCUAUAAAAUAAAUGACUUGGAUCUUCUUGAACAAAACCCCCCUUUAGUUCAAUGGCCAUCACUCAUUGGUCGUCUUGCUGAUGUCUUGGCAACUUCUCCGGUAAUUAAGAUUUUACUUUUUUCUAUGAUUUUUUUUUUCUAUGAUCACUGGUCGAUGAAUUUGUUGUUUCUUGUGUGGCUAUUUAAGGAUGAAAUUGAGAGAGGUGAUGCUCCAAAAUCAAUCCAAUGUUACAUGAUGGAAACAGGAAAUUCAGAAGAAAAUGUUCGAGGUUAUUUGAGGGAUUUAAUUGGACAAACAUGGAAGCAAAUGAACAAAGAAGUACUAAUGGAUCGAACUACGUCUUUCUCCAAAGAUUUUGUUAGAACUGCAAUGAAUUUUGCUAGGAUUUCACAAUGCAUGUACCAAUAUGGAGAUGGCUAUGGUAGACCAGAUGGAGAGACAAAGAGGCGCAUAUUAUCCUUAUUUUUCGAACCAAUUCCUCUGUGAUAAUAUUCGACACUUGUAUAAUCGAUGAAUAUCAUAAGCACUUUGGAUUUUUAUCCCACAUAUUUUACCAAGAAUUUAAGUUAUAUGUAUUGAUAAUGUAAUUUUUAUCUAAU